AAAUAGUUGAGAGGUUAUUUAAAGAAAGGGAAGUAAUUCUCAGUCACACGUCGUCAGUGGUUGCAAUGGAUUCCCCUCAAAGCACCAAAGUUGUGCAUUAUAUGCAGGACUUGUUCAGUAAAUAUGACAAGAUUAGGGGGCAAGAUAAAAACAGUGGAUAUACUCCUUUUUGGGAUGCUGUUGUCAUCACAACUGCUGACAAAGAUCAGAAACAAGGUUAUCAGCUCCAGAUUGAAGCAAAAAGGAAGAGAAAUGAGUUGCCUCUUAACCUAGAAAUCCAUGUGAUUACUGAUCCACCUGGUGUUAAACUAGGAAAUGGUGGUGCCACAUUUACAGCUUUGUCUUUCCUGGAAGAAUUCUAUGGUGAUAAAUUCUUUUCUAUGAAAAUCUUGCUAAUUCAUGCUGGUGGUCUUAGCAAACGCCUUCCAAGUAACAGCAUCCUUGGUAAGAUCUUCUCUGUUCUUCCUUGUGGAAUUCCAUGCUACCAGAUGCUUGACAUAAAACUUGCUCUCUACUGGCCUUUUGUACCAAAAAUGAAUUCUGGAAUAUUUCUGACUUGUGCAGACGACAUUAUCACAUACAACAUGGACAAUGAAGGCGACUGGUCUCUUAAAGAUGAAGGUUUCACUGCACUAGCCCAUCCAUCCUCCAUCGAAGUUGGAACUGGACAUGGUGUGUACAUUGUAAAAGAGAAAAGAUCAGUAAAUGAAAGUGUGCAGUUAGCUGAAUGCACAACGGUUCUGCAAAAACCUUCUAUUGAGACAAUGAGAAAACUAGGUGCUGUGAUAGAUAACGAAAAUGAUACCAAAAAUUCUACUGUAUAUACAGACAGUGCAUACUUCUUCACAAGUUCAGUUUCUAAGAUGCUUCUAACUUAUGCCAAGAGCCAUGGACCUUUCAAUUGUGAAAUUGAUGCUUAUGGUGAUUUUUUACAAGCCCUUGGCACUGAUCCCUUAUCUGAUUAUGUGAACAAUUUGCAGAAUAUUACAACAACAAGUGGAGAUCUGCUAAAUACAAGGAAGGAAGUUUUCAAGCUUUUGAAAGGCACACCUUUAAACCUAAUUAUUUUGAACUCUUCUCAGUUUUUCCAUAUUGGCUCAAUGCCAGAAAUGUUACAUAAUUUUUGCAAAAGUGAUAAUUUCAAAAUUGGUCUUGGCUUAAGCAAUGAUGCAUUUAAUGUUUGGUUAGAUGAACAAUCAAAAGAACCAGAGCCUGUCACUAAGAGAAGUUGUCUUAAAGGUAAAAAUGAGGGAUGUUUGAUUCAUUCUUUAUUACCUGUUGGAAGUUGUAUUUCUUCGUUAGCAGUAUUAGAGUUUUGUAAUUUUGAUUGUUUAAUCCAUGUUUCAAAGAAUUGUUUGCUGAGCAACUGUGAAUUCCUUGGAUCCAGUUCUGAGGAAUCACAAAUCACAAUCCCAGAAAAUACCUUUAUGCAUACAAUACCAGUUACUAUCAAGGACAAUUUAAAGUAUGUGACUAUUGUCUUCCAUAUUAAAGACAAUCUUAAGAAGAGUGUGCCACUCACAGACUUUGCAAACAUCCCAUUUUUGGGGGAUACUUUGGGCAAAGCUGUAGAUAAAUUAAGUAUUCCAAAAUCUCAGAUUGUUUCAGAUAAAAACCAACCAGAGGUUAGUUUGUGGAAUGUUAAUAUUUUCCCACUUGCAGACACCAUGUCAGACUCUUUUCAACUGGCAUUAGCUAUGUCAAUGUCUUUUAAUGAUGAUGGCAAGGCCUUAAACCUAGAAUCUUAUCAAUUAGUUUCCAUCAAUUCUAUCCUCAAAUAUAAAUCUAUUCAUGAAAUGCUGAAAUAUAGACAAAAACUAUUUGAUAAAAUUAAUACUCAAUACUAAAUUUCUUUUCCCUACAUAGUAUAUUUACUUUAGAACAUAGUAAUAAAAAUAAUGAUGAUGAUAAUAAUGAUUUGGAGAUAGAAAUCAGAUGAAUUUGGUAUCUCAAAGCUCCAUUACGUAUUCUUAUUGGAGCAGUAGGAAUGGUGUCUAAAGGAACAAACAAAUAUGUAGACCAAAUUCUUGGCAGCGAAUUGCAAAAGAUCAUACUUGUGGGUACCUCACAUAUUUCAUGUGACUCCUUCUCCAUGUAUCUGCAGUCUUACUCAUUCAGUGGUGUUAAUAAUUUUAUAAAGAAUUUUUUCUUUUAUACACACAGGCAUCAUCUUUUCCAAUUGCCUGGCAACUCAUUCAUUUGUAUCUUUAGAUGCAAAAACUUGUCUCUUGACAUCUCUGAUUAACACUUGACUGCAAUUCAUAUAAAUCAAAGCAACCGCAAAAUGUAAUUAUAACAAUAAUAAUAGUGUUACUAUCAAAACUGAUUUUUAAAAUUUCCAUCAGGGUUUUAACAUUUCUAAAUAUUUGGGGAGAAAUUCUUUUCUUGAUAUAUUUUUCUUUUUGUUUGGGACAUUUUAAUUUUUAAAAUCUUUGGUAUAAUUAUAUAGUUCCUAAAUUUAUCAAGCCAAACUGUUGUACAUUUAAUGGGGUUUUUUCCCUACAAAUGUUUAUUUGGGUAAUAUUUUUGACUGAAGGUCAUAAUGACAUUGGGUUGGAUAAAUUGUGAUAAAUUUGUGUGAAGUGUCAUACUUCUCUCAUUUCUGUCCAUUGUCAUUAAACUUGAGUUAGAGCCAGAAGUUCAAGAUGGUCACUUGACCUGCUAGAAAUAGUAGCUAAACAUCUUUCUAGUAGCACUCUAUCAUCUUAAAAAUUUCUGUGUGUGAAGUGUUUUAUUCUUCACCAGUGGUGUAGCUAGAGUGUGUCCCAUCUUGGAACAGACCCAAGGGGUGACUCCUCCCCCCGGGUCACCCAGACUAUAUUGGAUUCUUAUAUAGUAGACCCAGAAGUGCCACUCCCAUCCAGGGCAGACACCCUCCCCCAACUCGACCUGCUAGAAAUAGCAGUAAAUCAUCGCUGUAAUCGCAUUCUACCAUCUGA